AUGUCCCGGAGAGAGCCCCAGUUCAACCAACAUGUCCUCGUGGACACCACCCCGAUGCCCAGCGACAUCCCCAAGGUGGAGGAGAUUGGAGCAACGUCCGCGCCGCUGCUGAGCGCAUCCUACUUUAUCGGCGACCGCUGCAAGGCCUUCAAUGACGAUUUCAUGAAGUGCAAGGCCGAGGCGAAUGGCCGGGGAGAGAUGGAGUGUCUGAAGGAGGGUCGGAAGGUUACCCGCUGUGCGGCGAGUGUGAUCAAGGACAUCAACACCCACUGCUUGAAGCAGUUCAACGCUCACUGGGAAUGCCUCGAGAACAACAACCAGAACCUAUGGGAGUGCCGGAAGCCCGAGAUGGAGCUCAACAGCUGGCCUCAAGAAGACCAUCCCUGGAGCCCCGAGGGCCAGACUCCUGUACAUCUGCGGCCCAAGCAGCUGUAUGCCCAGUUCCCCGGUCCUCAAUAUUAG